AUGGCCGCCCUGGAAGGUGGCGACGACGCUCGUGGCACACUUUUCGAUGUGCACCCCAUGGCAUGGUUCAUUGUGCCCGCAGCCAUCUUCCUCGCCUCCAUGGUAGUGCUCAUGCUCGUCCGCUACCGACGACGCCGUAGAGCAGCCAUGAAGGCACAAUGGGGCACAACGAACAUCGCAACCAACACCAGUCAGCGAUACCCGCCGACCAGUACGAGGCCGUGGCCAUAUACCUCGACUACACCUUCCUGGUCCCAGAGGGCGAGGAAUCUGGCCGGCUUCAAGCGCGGCGACAACGGGCUAAACGAGUUUGGUGAGGCACCGCCAGCCUACACGGGCCCAACUUCCAACUACAAAACCGCUCGAGCGUCCAUGUCAACCUCGAGCUCCAGCGUCCCCCAAAUGCGCUUCUACGGCAUGCCGGCCACCAACCCAGCCCCAAUGGGAAGCGUGUCGAUUCCGAUGCCUGGCGGUCCCCCGACCUACCACGCCAUGUCAGGUGCUGGCGGCUACCGGAUACCAACUUCGCCGACUUCAGCCACGAGACCGCCGGUGAAUGCUGGCCUCUCCCAGCCACAAGCUGCCGUCAUUCGGUAA